AUGAUGUGGUCGAAGUUCCAUGAAGUGUGGAAGCCAGUUAUGGUGAUGAGUAUUGUGAAUUUGGCUUUGGCUUUUGUGAAUAUAUUUUUGAAGAAGGUUCUUAACCAAGGACUCGAUUACUUCACCAUCCUAACAUAUCGACAAGCUAUUUCUGCCAUUUUCUUGGCACCUAUUGCUUGCUUCUAUGAGAGGCAAAGGAAGGUGGAGGGUCACGUAAUAUGUCUGCUUUUCGUUAGUGCUCUUGUGGGGGUUACACUGACUCAAUGCCUGUAUCUUAUUGGACUAGAAUAUACCUCUGCAACGUUCUCAUGUGCAUUCCUAAAUAUGGUGCCUGCAUUUACCUUUAUUAUGGCACUGCCACUGGGGAUAGAGAGGGUGAAGAUGAAAGAGCUGAGUGCAAAGGCAAAGGUGUUGGGAACUUUCGUGUGUAUUGGAGGAGCUUUGACGUUGACCCUUUACAAAGGAAUGCCCUUACUCAACCAACAACCAGAGCACAUAGCAGACAAAGGCACAGGAACACCAUCAGCUUUCAAGUUAAAGAAAUGGAUAAUAGGUUCACUGUUUCUAACUGCAGGAUGUGUGUUGUGGUCUUCAUGGUUUCUUAUACAAGCAAGGAUUAGCAAAAAGUAUCCAUGUCAAUACUCUAGCACAGCCAUUUUGUCCUUUUUUGCUGCCAUUCAAUCAGCAAUAUUAACUUUGGUCAUCGAUAGAAAUAAGACCAAAUGGGUUCUCAAAGGAAAGAUGGAGAUUCUGACUGUUGUAUACUCUGGGAUCGUUGGAUCAGGCCUGUGCUAUGUGGCAAUGUCAUGGUGUGUGAAACAAAGGGGUCCAGUUUUCACUUCAGCAUUUACCCCUCUUCUACAGAUGUUUGUGGCAAUGCUUGAUUUCUGUAUAUUACAGGAGGAAAUUUAUCUGGGAAGUGUUGCAGGAUCAGUCUUGGUUAUUACUGGCACUUCUAUUCUACUUUGGGGUAAAAGUAAAGAGGAAGAACAAAAUGCCGUGAAGGAUAUUCAACAAGAUGAAGAAUGUAUGACUAAUUUUGAGGCCAACCCAGAUGUACCCUCUAAGCUAAGGCCUAAUGGGGAAAUCACAAGUAAAGCAGUUGGCUAUUACAGUAACUAG